AUGACGUCUCCGCCCAGCAUGCAAAUUCCCUCCGUCGACAUCAUCUCACCUCCCAAAACAACUACCCAACUCACAACCCCCCAACUCUCCAAACAACGACAGCUUUACCACUUCCAGAACCCGGCAAAAGACAUGUCUCUCCUUCGCACCAUUACCACCCGCGCGCCUCGCGCCCCCUUGGCUGCCACCAAGCGCGUCCGCUUUUCUACGAGCCCGUAUGUGCAGAAGGAUUCCGGCUCCGCCGUCAAAGAUACCAUCGAGUCUGUGAACAAGACUGUUGGGAACGCGGCCGUGAAGGGUAUUGAGAAGAGCCAACAAGCGACCGAAAACCUCAAAUCCACCGUCGGCCUCAACGCCAAGCAAGCCGAGGGCUCCGCGAAGGAAACGACCGGCGAAGCCCAAGGCAAGGCGUCCGAGCUCGCCGGCGACGCCAAGAGCAAGACGCAGGAGGUCGCGGGGCAGGCCAAGGGCAAGGCGGAGGAGGUCAAGGGGAAGAUGUGA